AUGUCUGCUCAAGCAUUAACCAAUGCUCAAAGAAUCAAGCGAAUUGUGCCACUUUUCAAUCGGAUUCUAGUGAAACGUGACGAUCCAGUCAAGGAAACCAGAGGCGGAAUUGUAUUGCCAGAUACCAAGAGCAACGUACAAAAAGGUACUGUAAUUGCAGUCGGUCCAGGUACUAGAACCGACAAAGGGACUCCAGUACCGAUCUUCCUUAAAGUGGGAGACGAAGUUAUGUUGCCAGACUAUGGCGGUACCAAAGUGAACGUUGAGGAAGAAACCUAUUUUUUGUUUAGGGAAUCCGAAAUUUUGGCUAAAUUUUCCGAAUGA